UGGGUAUAUAAAGGACAGGAAGGAGACCUCUUGCUCAUUACUUUCAGGAGGUAGCACUGUUACAGAGAGCUGUAUAGUAGGGGAAGAUAAAAUAACUAAAAAUAGUUCAAAAGAUGGAAGAAGAGCCUACAGAAAGCAACAUUGAAGAAAAGAGUGAGGCAGAAGAGCCUACAAAAAGAAACAUCGAAGAAAAGUGUGAGGCAGAAGAGCCUACACAGAGCAACGCAGAGGAAAAGAAUGAGGCAGAAGCGGGGCCUGCUGGGCGCGAGAACAAGCGUGAUGAAAAGAGGGAGAAGAUAAUUAAGAAAGUGAAAGAAGUGCUGGCUCAGAGCCCGAACAAGGCCAAGAACCCAACGGUGAUCGUUAUUUGCUAUAGGGGCAAGAAGAAGAGAAACCCUAGUCAGGCAGAAAAAAAGGAUGAGACUGGGGACCAUUCUACCAGUCCAAAUAACACUCAGUGAAUGGCGGCCAGAGACCUCAGUAGCUCUGCACCCUCUCCAGAAGGCUGCAGAGCCCUGUACGGAAGAGGUCAUGUCUGGGCAAUAAAGGGGAAGCUGUAA